AUGGAGAGGAUCCAGCUCGGCGUGGCAGCUAUGGACCGCAAGGCCCGUAGCAAGCCUAUGCAAAACAUCCUCAACCGCCUCAUCAGCACCAAGGAAUUCGACGUCACCAUCUUUGGUGAAAAAGUCAUCCUCGACGAGCCCGUCGAGGACUGGCCUAUCGUCGACGUACUCAUCUCCUUCUUUUCCACAGGCUUCCCGCUCGACAAGGCCAUCUCGUACGCUGAUCUGCGCAAGCCAGUUCUGGUCAACGAUCUCCGUCUUCAGCAAGUCCUCUGGGAUCGUCGUGCUGUUCUCUCUAUUUUGGAUAGCGUUGGUGUGCCCACUCCACGUCGGCUCGAGGUCGAUCGCGACGGAGGUCCGGAUCUCGAAGAUGUCAUCAUCGACGACCUCAAGAAGCGUCUGGGUGUAGAUCUUCGCAAGGACCGUGAGACCAAGGAGUGCAAGCUCGACGGCUACGAUCAGCUCUCCAUCGGCGGCAACAAGAUCUCUAAACCUUUUGUCGAGAAGCCCGUUUCCGGAGAGGACCACAACAUCCACAUCUACUUUCCCAAGCACAGGGGCGGCGGAGGUCGUCGUCUCUUCCGCAAGGUUGGUAACAAGUCGUCCGAAUACGAUCCCAACCUCGUCGAGCCGCGUUCCGAUGGCUCGUACAUUUACGAAGAGUUCAUGGACGUCGACAAUGCCGAGGACAUCAAGGUGUACACCAUCGGCCCGCACUUUGUUCACGCCGAGACGCGCAAGUCGCCCGUAGUUGAUGGCGUCGUCAAGCGCAACCCGGACGGCAAGGAGAUUCGCUACAUCACCAAGCUCAGCGACGAAGAGGUCAAGAUGGCUACCUCCAUCUCAAAGGCCUUCAAGCAGAACAUUUGUGGCUUCGACCUGCUCCGUGUUGGGGGCAAGAGCUACGUCAUCGAUGUCAACGGUUGGAGUUUCGUCAAGGGCAAUGAUUUUUAUUACGACAAGUGCGCAGAGAUCCUGAGCCGCUUCUGCAAGAACAAUGUCGUUCGUCGUCCCAUCGGAAGCUCUGCAAGCGGCUUGGGCAAUGUCAGUCCAAGGGAGCGCGAGCGGUCUGCUUGGAACCUCAAAGCUUCCGUCACUGUGUUUAGGCAUGGCGAUCGAACACCGAAGCAGAAGCUCAAACGCUCCUUCAAGCCUUCCGAGACCUGGGCUGCCCCGCUCAUUGCUUUGCUUCAAGGUCGAAGGGAAGAGAUCAUCCUCCGUACGCAGCUCGACCUCGUCUCCACCGCCGCCUCCGAAGCGCUCGCCCUGCCAGGCGCCAACACCGAAGAUCUCGAGCUCAUCAUCCAGCUUAUCAAUCGCAAAAAGGAUAUGCCGGGCACCAAAGUUCAGAUCAAGCCGAGCUUCGACAAGGCCACGGGCGAUCUUACCAAGAUGCAACUCAUCAUCAAGUGGGGUGGAGAAUUCUCGCAUGCCGCUCGGCACCAGGCCAAGGAUUUCGGAAGCAACAUGCGCAAGGACAUGAUCAUUAUGAACGCCGAUGCGCUCGACAACUGCACCGUGUACACAUCGUCGGAACGUCGUGUCACUGCGUCGGCCGAGAUCUUUGCUGCUGCGUUUUUAGACGAGUCGAGCGGCGAGAAGGAGAUGAUCAUCCGCAAGGACCUCUUGGACGACUCGAACGCUGCCAAGGAUGUCAUGGAUGUUGUCAAGAAGAAACUAAAAGCGUCGCUGCGCCCGGACUCGCCAGAAGCCAACACGGUGCCGGAUGACUGGCCGGAGGACCUGCCGCCGCCGGCCAAAUUGGCGCUCGAGAUCGCGUCGCUGCUGGGCCAGUUGCGCGAGAUCAUGCGUCACAAUUACAAGGUGUUGGGCAAAGCCAUCGACCGCGUGCAGACGCGGUGGUGCACGCACGAGACGCCGCAGCUGUUCCGCGAGCGCUGGGAAAAGCUGUUCAACGACUUUGAGGAGGAUCCACACGAUCCCUCGCGCUCGUCGGAGCUGUACGACAUGCUCAGCCACGACGGACUGCACAAUCGGCAGUUUAUCGAGACGGUGUUUGCGGAUCCGGCGGUGACGGACGAGGAUCUGGACAAGCGGCUCACAAACCUGCACGAGCUGUACCGCAAGGCGCUCGCCUUGUUCUCGUUCAUCUGCCCCCGCGAGUACGGCAUUACGCCUGAGGAGAAGGAGGAGAUCGGGUUCCUGACCAGCAUGCCGUUGCUGAAAAAUAUCGUGGAGGAUCUUAAGGGGGCUAAAGAGAGCAAGGGCAUUUGUAGCCUCUACUUUACCAAGGAGUCUCAUAUUCAUACGCUGCUCAACCUGUUGCUUGCGUCGGAGCUCAAUGUGGUCAUGCCAAAGAUGCCCCCGCUCGAUUACUUUGCCAGCAUCACGUUCGAGGUGUACGAGCGUAAUCCGGGGUCAAGCGGUUCAGGAAGCUCGGCGAACAGCCUGCACAAGAGCCCGUCGAGCACGUCCCUUGGCACACCACCGCAGCAGCAGCAGCAGCAGCAGCAGCAGCAGCAACAGCAGUAUUCGCUACUUAUCAGCGUUUCCGAGGGCGCCCACUCGAGUAAUAUCCUCAGCAUCAACUUGGACGCUCGCCAUGCAUUGACCACAUUGCCGCGUCGCCCGCUCACCACGCAUAUGGACUUUGACGACGCUAUGGCCAAACUCGAGGCUCACAGCAGUCGCGAUAGUAGGGUGGACAGAGGCAUGGUCGAGGGAUCGACUGUUUUCUUUGGUCAGGACGAUCCAGACCGCCAGUUCAUGCCCAUCAAGAAUAGACGUGACAGCGUGGACACCGAUCGCAGCUCGGUUCGCCAGGGUUGA